GAGACCUGUGGGAUUCAAACCCUAAUCACAAUCACAAUGGUGCCCUCCUUGAAAGCCGUCGUCUUUGCGAGGCAGAUGGCGAAGAAGAUUCGCGUUACGACGCCGUUUACUCGCUUUCUCUCAACGGGGGACGACAAAAAGCAGCAGAACCCACCAGAGCCUUUACCCAACAGACCUUUGCGAGGGGAGAGAUCUCCUUCCAACUCCGCUAAGCCUUCUCAAACCCCUAAACUUGAAAACACACUAUCCGACCAUGGCUUCCUCGAACAGUUCAAGCUUGGUGUAUCCCAUCAGGAAGAGGAGCAAAAGCCCCAGGGGGAGGAAACAAGCCAGCCAUUACCGGAUCCUCAAGACUCGGACGAGAUCUUCAAGGCGAUGAAGGAAGGAGGUCUGAUUCCCAACGCAGUGGCCAUGCUUGAUGGGCUUUGCAAAGAUGGGCUUGUACAGGAAGCGAUGAAGCUAUUCGGGUCGAUGCGUGACAAGGGUACAAUCCCUGAGGUGGUUAUCUACACUGCUGUUGUGGAGGGCUUUUGCAAGGCUCAUAAAAUCGAUGACGCUAAGAGGAUUUUCAGGAAGAUGCAGACCGUUGGAAUAUCUCCGAACGCAUUCAGCUAUGGUGUCUUGGUUCAGGGAUUGUGCACUUGCAACAUGCUCGACGAUGCUGUUGAUUUCUGCGUUGAGAUGCUCGAGUCUGGUCACUCUCCCAACAUCCCCACUUUCGUUGGAUUGGUUGAUGCCUUGUGCAGAGAAAAGGGCGUCGAACAAGCCCGGUCCGCUAUUGACACGUUCAGCCAGAAAGGAUUUGCGGUUAAUUUAAAGACCGUCAAGGAGUUUAUGGAGAAGACGGCGCCGUUUCCGUCUCUGGCUUCGGAAGCCAUUUUCAAGAAGAAAUCAGUCGAGAAACCUUUCUAAUUGUUGCAGUCUCCAUCAGUGUGUACGCGACUUGUAGUAGCAACCCAGGGACAAAAAGUAUAAUAAAGACCUGAGGUUUCAGAUUAUCCAGUUCUGUUUCUUUGGCCUGUGAUACAUAUUAUAUCAAAUGGGUUACAAAAGUUGCAGA